ACCACGGUCCCCCAAGCAAUCUCCCCAUCCCCUUCCUAGCAGCGUUAAGGGCUCGUUCCCCGUUGCCCUCGGGGCUCCGUGAGCCGGCAUGCUGGCUCUCCUGGCUGGGCUGCUGUUCUCCCUCGCCUCCGGGGCCAGCUGGCGGGGAGUGAGGGGCCAGGAGAGCCCCUCGGGGAGCCGUUUCGUGUGCACCUCCCUGCCGCUGGACGCUGCCCCCUCGGGCUGCCCGCUACCCCCGGUCCCCAUGCAGGGGGGCGCCCUCCCUUCCGAGGAGGAGCUGAAAGCCACCGUGCUGCAGCUGCGGGAGACCAUCCUGCAGCAGAAGGAGACCAUCGGCAACCAGCGGGAGACCAUCCGGGAGCUGACCAGCAAGCUGAGCCGCUGCGAAAACUCCCCCGGCCCCGACGGCAAGCCCGGGCCUGGAGGGUGGAGAAAAGAGUUGCCCAAAGGCAAAGACACCAUGGGGGACCUGCCCCGGGACCCCACUCGGGUCAUCGACCAGCUGAGCCGGACCAUGCAGACGCUGAAGGACCGGCUGGAGAACCUGGAGCACCAACUUCGAGCCAAUGUGUCAUAUGCAGCCCUUCCUAAUGAGCUUCGAGAGAUGCUUCAAAGGAGGCUUGGAGAUCUAGAGCGCCAACUUUUAAGCAAAGUGGCUGAACUUGAGGAUGAGAAAUCCCUGCUUCAUAAUGAAACUUCAGCCCAUCGGCAAAAGACAGAAACAGCCCUGAGUGCAUUGCUGGAAAGAGUUUCUGAAUUAGAAAAAGGAAGCAGUGCAUUUAAAUCACCAGAUGAAUUCAAAGUCGGUCUCCCUCUUCGCACAAAUUAUUUAUAUGGGAAGAUCAAGAAGACCUUACCAGAGUUGUAUGCAUUCACUGUGUGCUUGUGGCUGAGGUCGAGUGCUUCUCCUGGAAUUGGAACACCAUUCUCCUACGCUGUCCCUGGGCAGGCUAACGAAAUUGUUCUGAUAGAGUGGGGCAAUAAUCCAAUCGAAUUGCUAAUUAAUGACAAGGUUGCCCAGCUUCCUCUGUUCGUUAGUGAUGGAAAAUGGCAUCAUAUCUGCGUCACGUGGACCACUAGAGAUGGAAUGUGGGAGGCUUUUCAGGAUGGAGAGAAACUUGGCACUGGGGAAAACUUAGCCCCUUGGCACCCAAUUAAACCCGGAGGGAUUCUGAUUUUGGGUCAGGAGCAGGACACGGUUGGAGGAAGAUUUGAUGCAACUCAAGCCUUUGUUGGGGAGAUGAGCCAGUUCAAUAUAUGGGACAGGGUCUUAAAAGCAGAAGAUAUCAUGAAUAUUGCUAACUGCUCUACCAACAUGCCUGGAAACAUCAUACCCUGGGUUGAUAACAAUGUUGAUGUAUUUGGAGGUGCAACUAAAUGGCCCGUGGAGACAUGUGAAGAGCGUUUGCUAGAUUUAUAGCUACAAUCAUUUUUUCUAUUUAAGUGCCCCCAUUUUAUUAGGACAAUUUCUUGUAAGGUCUGUCACACUUAUUUCCUCACCAAAUAAUAAAGUUGGUAGUUCUUGGCAUGAAUCCUGAAGAUGAAAGAGGCACCUGUUGGCUCAAAUAGCAGUUGUCUUAAGGCAGAUCCAAAGACACCUAUUGAGUUCAAUAGGCUUUGGAUCUGGUUCUUGCUUGGUACACUAAUAUCUUCUGCAAAUGUUUCCUAUAUCGAGUGGCAGAAUUUCUCCUGCCUGAUACCAUAUGAUAAAAAGCUUUGUGCUUUGUAAGAGGCAAAACAUACAUCUUGAUAUUGCAUCUUCCCCCACCUCUAUUCAAUACUUUCUUUUACAACCUUUUUAAAGAAAUGAGGUAAUCCUUAUAUUACAUUUGCCACAUCUUAAUUCAACACACCUGAGACCUGCAGAUAGUAGCAGAAUAGCCACUACCUGCAUUACGGAAGGUAACUGCUUUACAA